AUGAUGUACCCCGGUAUGAUGGAGCCCGCUCCGGAACCCCCGAUUUCUCCCACCGUGCGUAUGUGUAUGCGCGUGGUGGGUUUCGUGGCCGUGUCGUCGGCCAUCUAUUUGUACGGCGACUGGCUAGACAUGCCCGAAGCCAUCAACCUAAUCUAG